GCUUCAUCCUCUGCGUUCCACAUUUCUCUUCCUGUACCCGCGGAUUAUGGCCGUCGUAUUCGGGCCGCGCUUCGUUUGACCGGAACAGGAAGGAAGUUUGUUUCCGUUUCCUGCAGCUCUCCCGCCCGUGCUAGAGUCAACGAAGGCUUAGUAGGCGGAUAGGCAUCUCCUUCCACCAUGUCCGAGGGCUGGCAGGAAUGGCCUAUUCUGGGACCCGGCUGGAAGCGACGGACGGUCACCCGCAAAUCCGGAGCCUCUUCUGGACUGUCGGAUACCUACUAUCAAAGCCCCUCGGGACAACGCUUCAGGAGCAGGAAUGAGCUGUCCAAAUUCUUGGGGGACUCCGUGGACCUGUCGUGUUUUGAUUUCAAGAGCGGGACAAUAUUACCAGCCGGAAAGAGGAAACCUCUUAGGGUGUAUGUCCGGACUCCGAAAACUCUGAAGGGCACGUCCGAGACUCCUCCUAAGAAACAGCGGACGUCCCUUCCCAAGGACACCGACCAAGACCUGCAGAAUGGAAAGGACGUGGAGCCGUCGCAGAUUGUGUGCUGUCGCGGCUGUGACACUUGGUUUACUGGAGUUGAGUUUGGUAAAUCAAAGCAGACGGUGUGGUACUGUGCGGACUGCAGAGCUUCCAGACGAGCCUUCAACAAGCUGCAGAAGCAGUUAAAGUCGAGCGGUUGUGGGUUGUGCACUGCCUGCCGGGUGACGGAGAACUGCGGACAUUGCACAGUGUGUCUCCUGCGAUCUCAAAACCCAGAAUUCGGAAGCUCCUGGAAGUGCGUGAGAAGACGCUGCCUGCAGGUUAUCAGAAAGGGCGGGGUCUGUGGCCGUUGUCCGGGCUGCUCUAUGAAGGAAGACUGCAAAACCUGCACUGUGUGCGUCACCAAGCAGAAGUCCCCAGAGAUUAGCGACAAGUGUCUGAAGCGCUGGUGUCACAAUAAGAAACACAAACUCAAACCCCCACCAUCCAAAAAGUUGACCAAGAAGUUGAACAUGGGAGGAAACUGUGGUCAUUGUAUAGGCUGCUGCACGCUAGAAAACUGUGGUGCCUGUUCUCUGUGUAUCCGAAAACGGCAGAACCCAGGCCGGAAGAUCAAAGGAAAGUGUCUGAAGAGGCGGUGUCACAAUAAGAAAAAAAAAAUUAAAGUGAAGCCGAAAAUUGGGCUGAAAGGAAAGCACUUGGUAGGCCGCCGCAAGAACCGGAAAUGUGGGGAGUGCGACGCCUGCCUUAGGAACUUGGACUGUGGCGAAUGUGACUUCUGCCAAGACAAGCCCAAAUUUGGUGGCCGCAAUCUAAAGCGGCAGAAGUGUCGCUGGCGGCAGUGCCUGCGUUUUGCCGUGGAGAAAAACAUCCCGCUGUAUCUGAAAUCUUCCAAUCACCCCAUACUGGUGGAGCGGAUCCAGAAGGAGGCGGCAGAGGCCUCCGAGAACGUGGAAGCCAUGAAACAAGAUGAAGAAGUGCAGUUGCCACCCAAAAUACCGGUCAUAAGGCUUGCAUUAAAAAAUGGAGGAUACCCUUCUGCGGAUGGGACAUGCGGUGGCUGGGUCAUAGGUGGCGUGGAUACCAAAGGGAUGAAACAAGAGAUCAUAAUUGACGACGAGGAUGACGAGCAGCCCCUGGAUCUUCAUUGCCCAUUGAAACCGGAAGAGUUUGUCACGGAGGAUGAUGACGUAAUGCUGGCUGACGAGAGCACCCCGGUGAUCAUGGAGAUUUUCAGUCUGGGCGCCUACAAUUCCAGUAAUGGUAUAGACGCGGUCCUGCAGGAAUUUAUGGAGGAGUUGAAUGAGAUUCCUCUGCCGGCUCAUUGGGAAUUAAUGCCUCUCAACGGCCCUAACCUACACCUAGUCCAGAGGUCCAGGAUGUCCACCAUGUCAGAGACAAUCAUCCACAUACUACCGGGACUUCACUUCAAUGUUGCCGUGAGGAAUUAUACGGUCCCUGCCAGCCAUGAACUCUUCAGAAAGCAUCCGAGUCGGCUCACCACCGUGGACGAAGUCGUGGAGCUCAUUUGUGACCUGGAGGCUUAUCGUCCUUGCGCAGGUCUUCCAAAAAGCGGGCCAUGUUCUCCAAGCUGUUCGAUCUUGGUGUACGAGGAACGGUGCCCCGAAUGUUGCACAAUGCCCUGGCCGUCAGGCAAUUAUCACUGAAGCAAGGGGUGGAGGGGGGUGGGGGGAGGGUGAAUAGAUGGGCCAAUGCUCAGGGACAAGGAACUGCUCACAUGAAUUUAGCAGUGAAAGGAUUGUACAUUUUGGAAGAAGACCCUUUGCUCGUAUGGACAAACCUGUGUAUCCAGUAGCAGUGGUUCAGUACGGUGGAUGGUUAAACAUCCCCCUCCCGUUAAAAUUUAGCACCUCAAUGUACACGUCUCUUACUUAUACAUAGAUGUCCAAAGAAGAGCGACUGAGGAGCACCAUAUGGUUUUUAGUAUGGGCUUCCUGCGCGCUCACAAGGGUAGAUGUUCAUGUGAACUGACUUUUAUUUUAGCUCUCCGUAGGUGUAUCUAACCAUACAUCGUCCUAAAGCUUCCAACCCAUUUUCAGUAAUAGGGACCAAAUAAAAGCCAUGUACUUUGA